GGGGCGGCACUUAGCGAACCGUGGUUGCGCCCAGCCAGGGUGCUCCAUCCCGGGCUGCUGGGCGCGCCAUGGCCGGAGGGAGUGACCCUGGGUGGGCCCUAAGGGUUUUCAGCGUGUUCCUGCUCCUCGGGUUAGUCCUAGAUUUCAUUGGCUGUGAUCCUGUGAAGCCAUUUGGGAUUAUGAACGGGAAUGUAACUCUAAAUCCAUCGUAUGAUACAGUUUUUAAGGAGAUCACAUGGAAAAAACAAAAAGAUAAAGUUGUAGAGUGGUAUAGAGGGUCUGGUUUAAGAGAAUUCCCACCAUAUCAGGGUAGGAUUUUUUUAAACGUUACGUCGGGUGAACUCACCAUCUUCAAUUUAACAUCGUCUGAUGAGGAUCUCUAUGAACUCGAAUCCCAAGAUCUUAAAGAUAGCAUUACAUUUCUCCUUUAUGUGUUAGAGCCGCUUCCAUCUCCGAUUCUAAAUUGUACACUGACUGAUGAAAAAGUUAUAGUCUGGUGUUUGAUACCGGAACAUUACAACAGGCAUGUUGACCUUAUAAAGUACUCCUGGGAUUGCCCCUUAGAACAGUGUAAAAAUUCCUCGAACCCUGAACUGGAGUUUAAAAAGGAUAAUGAUCUUUCAAAGGAAAUACAAUGUACCUUGAGCAAUCAAGUAUCCAAAAUGAAAUCAUCAAUUGUUUUGAGAACCUGUGUGCCAGAUGAUCGCUCAAGGCACAGGUGGUUGGUUAUAAUAGCAGUCGUUACAUCAAUAGUAAUUUUACUACUCAUGCUGUUUAGAAAAAGUAUACUGAGAAAUCGCAGAAAAGCGCAUGAAAUCAAGCAAGGACCCCAUUGACUGAGCACUCCAGUUGAUAGAAGAUGAAGGAGAAUGUAUUAUAACUAAAUUAUUAAAUGGAAAUGGGAAAGAUUCAGGCCGGAGUGACCGACAUAAGAAUACCAAAAUGGAUUCUCAGGAAGCAAAAGGUCAGAAUGUGAACCACUUGGGACAGAUGCGUUAAGAUGUAAACAACUUGUUCUUGGGAAAAAAAAAAUGUAGUCAGGAACCAAACCAGCUGGUUCCAGUCACCUAGAUAGUAACUCUUCCUAGCCAAGUGGCUGACUUUCCCGUUUCAAAGGACUUUAAGCUAAAGAUGUAUAUAUGCCCUCUCCUCUUGAACAGUAUUGUCUGUCAGUGAAACUCCUUUUCCUUUAACUCCUAACAGUACCAGAUUUUCUUGACAUAAAUAACUUUGAAAAGCCAUCGAUUUAUGACCUGAACAUUACAUCAUCCUCGAAGGAGUUUUGGAAGUCCAGAAAUACUAACUAACAAGCAUUAGCUUCUGUUAUCUCACCAGGAGAAUAUAUGAAUAAGGAUUUAACUUUUCUAUUUGGAAAGUAACAGGAAUCAACUCGAUGGCAUUGUCACUGUUUUCAUUGCACUGGUGUAGAUUUUUGUAAAUAAAUCUGUUUUUGUAUGUAA